UCCCGUUCCCUGAAGCAACACACAGUGUUCGGUUUUCGUUCUCGCCGGUGAAAAGUCCCUCUUCUUCGACGGUAACAGCGAUUAGUGAACGUUAGUUGACACUUAUCCUCCACGGAGGUCAGCAUUUCUUCCGAGACCGCUCGAGUGGCCGCUGCACCGCUUUUAACGGGAAGCCCAACCAUUUUUUUCCAUCGUCUUUCUCACCGGUGCCGCGUGUUCUCAUUUUCCAGUGUUCCAGACGCGCUAUCAUGAGAUACUGUGACGAUUCGGGAUGAUAUUUACAUGUUUGUAGUAUGUAGUUUUUGAACUUGCUGUAUAGUGGUUUUUUAAAAAGAAAUUAUUUUAGAUAAUAUGGAAUUAAAAUACGUAAUCAUGACGUUAAUAAAGAUUCUAGCUUCGGUUCCAACCAUCGUACUCCUUUGUCAUAUAGGGUUAUUACCUGAAGCUAAUGGUGCCGCACUCAUGGGUGGACAUUUCGAUAAUCAAAAUAGUACCAAAAACAUAUCCAAUCCAUUUAUAAUGGAGUAUGACUCCUAUGAAAUGGAUGACAUAUCACAAGAAAACUCCACAGACCAAAAGACUGAUAAUGUUAAAGACUCGGAAGAAAUUCCAAAUCCGUCACCGUUAGUUUUGCCCGGAUACAACUUGCCGGAAAACAUUUUCAACAAGGGAAAGCCAUUUUAUCUAGAGAAAGACCCAGUGACAGGAAAAUUAGACUUUAACAGCAAAACACCAUCAGCCAAAUUUGAUGAUGAAUUGUACGACUACGUGGAUGAUGAGCCAUCAGAUAAUAUCUAUGAUAAAAGUAACAUUGAUCGGAAGGAUGGAAGCAUUGGAAGUCACAGACCUAGUGAUAUAAAUCAGUUAACUCCAAAUUUUCAUGAUUUUCUGAACUUGCCUGUUAAGUACAAUUCAGAUAAAUACGUCUAUCCCUUAAUCUCAAGCUCGUAUGCAAACACGAAAAUACAAGGAAAUGUUAACAAAUAUCACAACCAUAAAGACUAUAAUCAAAAGACAACAACAAAGAAACCAACUCAAAGUCCAACUUACUAUUCAACUCACAAUACAUACUUCAGUGGUGAAACAAGAAAACCUACAACCACCACAACCACAACCACGACGACUACAACGACUACAAAAAGACCUACAACCAAAAAGUCGAUACAAGAAAUAUAUUUAACUACCAAGGCGACAAAUUUACUUAAUAGUGCUAUGAGUCAUCCGAUUAAUGAAGAAUUUGGGGAUUAUUAUGAAGACGUCAAAAAACCUUUAAAACCAAAUGAAAUCUAUUUAACAACAGAGAAUGUCAAUAACAUUUACCUCACAUCCAAAGCUCCCAUAUCAACAACUAAAAAAGAAAUGAGUCUGUUCGAACAGUUAUUCGGCGAUUAUGAUGAAACUGUUUCGACUACAGAAAGAACGAAACCACCUUCUUUAUUCCAGAAUAUACCUAACAAAUAUAAAAAUAAAUAUGAUUCAGAAGUAAAAACAGAUAAACCUUCCUUUACAACACCAGUUUAUGCAUAUUAUCCAAAUUCUCAUGCUGGUCCUAAUAUUUUGUCAGGAAGUCACAUGGAAAUUGACAAUGAGGAUUAUGAUGAUGAUUAUGAUGCUGACAAACACCAUGAAGAUAAUAUUGCGGUAGAAAAUCAACCUACAAAAUAUGUUAAAACCACCACUGCCACAAUUAAUCAUAAAUAUACUAUUACUACCAUGAAACCCGUCAAAGAGAUAGUAAAAACAGAAACUCCUGCAACAAAGACGACUCAAACAGUGACGGAAAUUACCAAGAAUACCAGUACUAAACCAUCUGAUUCAUUUAGUACUGAUUAUUCGGAAUACGACUACUAUGAUAGAGAAAAUGAAACGACCCCUACCACUACUACUACUACCACUACUACAGAAACAACUACAACUAAAAGAGUCACUUCUUUACCUAUUGGCGAGAACCACAUUUCUAGCUUAACAAACCGACAGCCAAUUAUUGUUGCUACUCAAAACCUUAAAGAAAAAUUGAGCAGCGAAAAGGUAGUACCAAAACCUUUCGGGUUUGAAAAACCAAUUGUGCAACAUGCUCCUAGCACCAGUAACAUCCACAUUGCACCAGAUCAAGACACAGUCUCUUUUGUUGUGGGUAAUCAACAAAGUGUGGAUGGAGGACAAUAUGUGGGAACAUCACUUAAAGAAAGUCCCUAUGAUAGUAACCCCUUCAGACCAUUCUAUGGACAAGAAACACUGAACUCACAUGAUACUGUGUCUUAUACCAUAGACUCAGCUUCUGUACCAUUUAACGAUGAGAAAGUUGUGAGUGCCAAAAUUCCAGAUGUUUCUGGUAGUGCAGUUACUAUUCAACCACUUAAAAAUUCAGAAGCGUCAUUAUCUAUUGGUGUUCCUGUAAGUGGUGUGCAUAAAGUUCCGGGACAAGUGGUAGACGAAAAAUUAGAAAUCAGUGACGAUAAGAUUGAAUUCCCUAAAGGAAAUGGACCUAAGGUCGUUUUUCCGGAUGAAAAGGACACCACUGUAGCAAAUUUGGUGCCUCCUCCCCCUCCACAAACAUUUUCACCACCUCCUCCUCCACCAAGCAGAGAAGUGUUGAACUUGAACUCUAAGCCAAUGUAUCAUCAACUUCCCAGCGAUUUAACUCCACCAAAAGAGAAGGAACAAACAUUGCCUCCAAGAUUCGAACGUCCACGACCUCCAUGGGAUCCAAGGCCAGGCCACUUCUACAGUGGAAAACCGGAGUAUAACCGGCCUCCACGUCCACCACCGUCCGAUCACGCUUACAAAAGAAUUGACACUCUGCCCAAUAUACUGCCACAAUUUCGCCCCAAUAUGAAUCAUCCACCUCCACAUUAUUACAGGCAACCUUUGCUUGAAAGACCUUCAAACAGGCCUAUUGGAUUCUUCGAGAAGUUGCAACCUCCACCUCCACCACCACCGCACCUUCUUCAUCAACUGCAUCAUCUUAGAAAGAUUCCCCCAUCUCCACCACAAAGUUUAGAUGACAGCCGACCGAUACAAGCUGAAGACAGGAUUAUGAAUGAAGGAAAUGUACACGCAAGAAAACCAUUGAGACCAGAAGUACAGGAUCAAUUUGGAUUUUUUAAUACGCCACCCAAAGUUGUUUUAGCUAAUAGACGAAACGGAAACGAUGAAGGUGAAGUUGAAACUUUACAAAUGAUUCAAGCAAAACAAGCAGAGAAAAAAGAUAACACAGUAGUUAAAGUAAUUAGCGAACCACCUAGUGAACCAGAAACUCCACUAUCAAAUACUGAAACUACUGAAGUUCCCAAUGUAAAAGAGGGAACUGAUAAACCUCUCUACGUAGUUUAUCCAGUUAACACGCCUCCAAUUAAACUAAACGCAAUAGAGCCAAACACUAAAGAGUCUGUGGUAAUUGGAACAAGAGCAGAGUCACCAUUGCCACCAUCCAAAAUAAACACUGAGUUUAAUUAUGAACAAGGACCCUUACUUAUACCUAAGGAUAGAAACGACGCACCAAUUCUUAAACCUCAUGUUAGACCAAAUUUCCCGAAAUCUGAGUUUCCGUAUCCGUUAGAGAGACCAGACCCGUCACUAAUACACCCGGCAGUACCAGAAACUCCUGCUAACAAUUUGGAUAGUGAUGAACCAAAUUUCAUUGGUAACCAAUGGAACACAAUUGGAGACAAUAUAGAAUCGAGAAUUGUUACUGGAGGGUCCAAAAUCAAUUCGAACCAAAUAUCUGUCACUUUGAAGACUUACACGGAAAAGCCGAUAGCCGUGGCCUACACCCCGACCGAACCUAACUCAAAAGAAUACGAAUUCAGUGAUAAAUUUUCGAUGCCCAAUUACGCGAGCCCCGUGAUUCCCGAAAUCCGUACUGGAAGUGUCGACAACGGCGACAAGAACGAGUUUACCGUAAGCGCCGUUAUGCACACCCAUCCACAAUUUGGCAUUGCAACAGCCGAAUACGUAAAACCGGGAAAAAUUUCCGACGAGCCAAUAUUCAACCUGAAUCACAAAAGCGACACUGAGUUGUCCAAAAUUCCAUCUCAGUUGAACGAUUUUCAGGCGCCGUUCCAGGCUAGUGUAAACGUUGACUCCUCGUCUUCAGUGAAUCAAGGUUGGGCAGUGGUGCGAGACAAGAACAAAACAACAACUAUUGAAAAUGAAGUGACCACGAUACCGUUUGCGACCACAAGCGAAUUCGACAUCGAGAACUUCAAGCCGCAGCUGGAAGGAGGAUUCAAACCAAUAUAUAACUAUCCAAGUUCAGAGCAAAAGGAAAUGGAAGUGAACGAAAGGGAAGAGUGAACAACAAUUGGACGCUUGUGCAAGUGCAAAAACAAACAUUAUGGUGUUGGUGGGGAUUAAGUGCAGUUUUGCAAUGAGGUGCAGCAUUUUCUUUUAUAAUUCGGGACUGGUGUGUUGUACUUCGCGAUUACCACUUUUUGUGAGACUGUUAUUUUGUGUUUAAUGUUUAAUUGUAAGAAAAGACUGUUAAUUCAUAAAAGUUUUAGACAAUUGAUUUAUGUAAGUUAUUUAUUUAUUUAUUUAUGUAUUUAUUUUAUUUAAAUAAAAACUUGUGAC